CCGACGCUUGCGCGCCUUGCCGUAUCGCCGUUGUUCUUCCCCGCCAGUACUGUGUGUCUGUGUCCCCGUUGUGUCUUUCGUUUCAACAUAAACCGACAAAUAUAACUGUAAAAAUUACAACAAAAAAUCAUUUAAAGACAUAUCAGAAAGUGUAUUUAAGAAAAGCAAAAUCCCGGAUUUCGGAAAUCGUUUGAAACGUAGAAAGUUUCACGAACGUUGAACAACAACCAGAGUCCUAGAAGCCUGAACGAGAGAGACAGCCAAGUACGCGAAACAUAAAGCGGCAAAAAAAAAUUCCGACGAGGAUAAGCCGGAGUAACGUCCAAGCCCUUCAUGGUUCAACAUGAGUGAUUAUUCAGCGGUUGCUCCGCCACAAAAUUUCAGCCAGAGUUCAGCUUUCGCAGCGGCUCUGCAACGCGCUAAACAGAUUGCAGCAAAGAUUAAUCCAGCUGGCGCUCAAGGGAAUACCGAGAACAAGCUCAAGCGCCCUCUCGAAGACGGCGCAGAACCAGAAGCAAAGAAAAUGACGGCUUUGGUGGCUGAUCCGAUGAUAGGAAUGAGGGGAGCUCCAGGUUCUGGUCCACCAAUAGGGGAAGUUGCAAACCAAGCUAUGAGAGCGACGCAGCAAGUAUCAUCACCACCAGGGAUGAUGGGUGGUCUUGGCGGCAUUUGUAACGAGGACAUCAGAGUCCCUGACAAAAUGGUUGGACUGAUAAUUGGCAGAGGCGGAGAACAAAUAACAAGAUUGCAAAGUGAAACAGGAUGUAAAAUACAAAUGGCGCCUGAAAGUGGCGGUCUGCCUGAGCGUGUUUGCACUCUAACCGGCUCGCGAGAAGCUGUCAAUCGAGCCAAGGAGCAGGUCCUCUCGAUCGUGAAUCAAAGAAGCAGAACUGAAGGAAUUGGCGAUAUGAAUAUGAGUGGAGGUGGAAGUAGCGGCGGCAGCGGAACUGGUUCCAUGAUGGGUGGUUCCGGAAGCACUGGAGGACAUCCCAAUUUUGUUGAGAUCAUGAUUCCUGGCCCCAAGGUCGGUCUCAUCAUCGGUAAAGGUGGCGAAACGAUUAAACAACUUCAAGAAAAAUCUGGAGCCAAAAUGGUUGUCAUACAAGAUGGACCUUCGCAAGAACAAGAGAAACCAUUGCGUAUUACCGGCGACCCUCAAAAAGUCGAGCACGCGAAACAAUUGGUUUACGAUCUCAUAGCUGAAAAAGAGAUGCAGAUGUUCCACAGAGGUGGUGCGAGAGGAGCCGGCGGAGGCGGCGGAGGCGAGCGAGGAAGUUUUUCAAACGACAAUAACGGUUAUAAUCAUGGUGGAGCCGGAGGAGACGGAGUUGAAGUACUCGUACCUAGAGCCGCGGUCGGCGUCGUCAUUGGUAAAGGCGGCGAUAUGAUAAAGAAGAUUCAAGCCGAGACUGGUGCCAGAGUACAAUUCCAACAAGGCCGUGAAGACGGACCGGGCGACCGUAAAUGUUUACUUUCCGGAAAACAUCAAGCCGUUGAACAAGCUCGACAGCGGAUUCAGGAACUUAUAGACAGUGUAAUGAGGAGAGACGAUGGAAGAAAUCCAAUGGGAGGUGGUGGUAGAGGAGGACCGCGCGGGAAUGGCUUCGGAGGUGGUGGACGUCAGCCCGGUGAAUACGGUGGCUGGGACAGACGUCAGAGCGGCGGUCCAAUGCAGGAUAAAAUUGAAACUACUUUCACCGUGCCCUCGACUAAAUGUGGAAUCAUAAUUGGAAAAGGUGGCGAAACGAUUAAGCAAAUAAACCAACAAACCGGAGCGCACUGUGAACUUGAUCGGAGAAAUCAGAGCAACGAAAAUGAAAAAAUAUUCAUCAUUCGUGGCAACCCAGAACAAGUUGAACACGCAAAAAGGAUAUUCAGCGAAAAGCUAGGAAUGUGCGAUCCCAUGCACGAAUUCCAGGGCCAAGCAGGAGCUCCGUUUGCUGGAGGUCAAGGACCAAUUGGUUACAAUCCAAGUUGGAACGCAGGUUCUGGCUAUCAGGCUUGGCCUAACCAGCAACAAUCUGCCGAUGCUGGUAAUGCUAGUCAAGCAGCCGUACAAGUGAAUCCCCAAACUGGCCAGCCGGAUUAUAGCGCUCAAUGGGCCGAAUAUUAUCGCUCCCUUGGCAUGCAUCGAGAAGCGGAUAUGAUAGAGCAACAAGCGAAACAACCUAAACCGGAUCACAAUCAGCAGCCCGCACCUCCUGGUGCCGGAGGUCCGACAGCCCCUACUCCCCAACAACAGCAGCCUCAGCCACCGCAGCAAACAGCCCCUCAACAACAACAGCAGCAACAACCAAAUGCUGCGCAAAACGGUGGUCAGGCGGAUUACAGCGCCCAAUGGGCAGAGUAUUACAGAAGCAUGGGAAAAAUUAAAGAAGCCGAAGCGAUCGAAGCUCAAAUGAAGGCCGGCAAGUUGGGAAUGCAGGCUAAUCAAAUGGCUCAACCACAAAUGCAACAGCCGAUGCAAGGUCAAGCAGCGGGUCCGCAAGCAAGCGCGCCAAACGCUUUCCCGCAGGUUUACGGGAGUUAUCCCGGGAUGAAUCCGGCAGGUGGAGCACCAGCGGGUUAUUACGCGAGUACGGGCGCCGCUCCGCAACCUCCGGCCGGUCAACAAAAUCCAGCCUUCCCCGGUGGCUAUCAAAACUAUGCGUUCUCACAGCCCAGUUCCGACAAUUGAAGCCUCGAUCCUCAUCAUUUUCGAACAACAAAUCCUGACUAAAUACAUAUUUUUCAGAUAGCUUUCCAUUGGGACGCGGUUAAUGCCUGCUGUUAUCUCCAUACAAUGUUCACUCUUAAAAAAAAAAAAAAAAACAAGCAACAGAAAAAUCGUAAUUGGCCGAAAUAUUAGCAGCGAACUUUUUUUUGUCGAAAAAGACACAUACAAAAACACAUAGGAAACCGAGUUGAACCCUAUUUAUAUGGCGAUUAUCGUCCGACGUUUCCUCAAAUAUAUAUAUAUAUAUAUGUAUAUAUCUAUACAUAUAUACAAAACAAACAUACGAACACACAUACACACACACACACGUACACAAACACACACGAUACACGACACACACAAAGUAUAUAUGUAUACACAUAUAUUGUAGAAUAUCCAUUGUUCUAAUUUCUAAUUAUAAGCAACAAAAAACGAAAGCAACGUCUAAAAUCGAAUUGAGUUGGAAUAGUGUAAUAUGUAAUAACCAACAUUAUUAUGCUCAUAUGUGUCAUUUAUUUUGUCUUUCUCUCUUUAUCUUCUUCCACGAAUUGAAAAAAAAAAAAAAAAAUAAUACUAUGAAAAAAAAGCAAGAUCAAUGUGAGGAAUAAAUAAAUUAGCGUUAAGCAGGUGACCGCAGAAAUGGAACGAGGAUCGACCAAUAUAUCGAAACUCCAAGCGGAACGAAGACACCUUUUUUUCCACCAUUUUCCCCUUCACGAUUGUAGUAGUGAUGUCUUUCACACGUUGUUGCGAUUUUCAAUCCCGAGGUCGAAAAAUGUAUGUACGCGAGUAUAACUUCAGGAUGCCUCGUAAAUUUGAAAGCAAAUUUAUUAUGAUUAUUAUUAUCAUUGCCAUCAUUAUAAAUUGUUUCGAUCGAAACGAUUUAAAAUUUUCCACUCCCCAUGAAAUGCUCAAAUAUUUUCGUACGAAAUAUUUAUCUGGAAAAUAAUGCUCCAUCGUUUGUUCUAUCGAAAUAAGGUUUUCUCCUAUCGCAAUUAUGAAAAUUUAACCCAUAAAAAUCGACUUACAUAUAUAUGAAUGAUAUAUAUUAGAUUUAAUAUAUUCGUGUCUACGAUAGACGUAAGUCCAAAAAACCAUUUAUAUAUUGUUCACGUUUGAUUGAACUUUCGAAAAUGUCGACUUCGGUGCGACGAUUUUUUCUCUCUUUUUCUCUUGGGUUUUUCAAAUUAUAGAUCCAGAGAAAGCAGCGAGUUUUUAUAUGGCUGUUCCUCCGACAAUCUCGAGGCUAACAGUGUAUGGGUUAACUCGAUUCGAAACUUAUUGUGCUGAUGCAUAUAUUUAUUAGUCGGAAGGUAUCGAAAAUACCGGACACCGAAAACAAUGCAAGGGAGAAAGUGCAUGCGUCCCUAGGGAACCAGGAUGUGAAUGGUGAACCAGAUUUUUGAGGGAUGCGUGAAGAAACUUUGUAACGGAGAACGAUUUUUUUCUAAUUCCAUUCAAACGAAUCACUGAAAAUCUCAUAGUGAAAAAAACAGAAUUGCUAUUAGAUUAUAAAUCAUUAUUAACGAUUGUAACGUGGACAGAAGAGUUUGAUUUUUACAGCCGCGUUUUAACGAUAUAAAGAAAAAGUCUUAUCCAAUAAUUAUCCAAUAAAAAUAUAAAACUGAACGAGCGACGAAACACCGCGAUUUUUCUCUUGCCUCAAUUUUUUAACUUCUUUCAUCGAAAACUAAUGAAGUGCAACGACAUUUGUGAAGUGUUAUUUUGGAGAUGUGGAUAUGAAAAUGAAUAAUUGAUAAGGAGAUCUGAAGCUACAAGGUAUUAAUUGACCAACUAAUCUUAAAUAUCUACGUUUUUUUUCGUUUGAAAGUGUCAUUUUUUAUUUUCGUUUCUUUUGCGCUGCAAUCAUUUCAUUUUCACAUUUUUCAUGUGUACAUGUAUUUUUUAAUAGCAUAUCUUUGCCCCUUUUUGUAUUUACAGAGACCAAAAGUAAACUUUAGUGGAUGUUGUACAGAUUUCAUUUCUUGUGUAUAUUUUUCAUUUCUCUGUUAGAUGUAUCUGUGUGCCAGAUGAAUUGAUGCAAUCGAUACGAAAUUUAUAUCAUACAACUUAAAUCAGUACACUUGCAAAGAAAAACGAAUACACACCUUAAAAUCACCGGGUUCGCACCAAUAUUGAUCUUACUAACUAGCUUCACCAAGUAUUUUUUUGUGAGUGUAUUUCAUAUCUAUAAAUACUGUUCAUACUGUUUUCAUUUUACAGCAAAUUUAUGAACUUAAUUACGUAUGUAUCGUUUCAGGAACAGGGGUCCGUAUCGGAGUCCUUUGCUACGGAAGAAUCAAAUGAGCGAAUUUUCAAAUUGUUUCUUCUUUCCUCUUUUCUUUUUGAUUUCAAUACUUUUGUAUAUCAUUGUUAUUAUGAAUUCGUCCUAUACACCAUUCCUCUUGUCAAUGUAAAUACAAUGUUUCAUUUGCAUCCGGUUUCUUGUACAAUAGAUCGUGGAGUAUACUAGGCGUGUGCGACGAUUGAAAAAACUAUAGGGAAAUUUCCCAAAAUGAGCUAUCAUUGAAUUUCUUCUUUGUUUUUUUUUUCGCGUGUGUAAUACCUCUCGUCAAUGAACUGUAAAAGCUAGAUUUAUAUUUGUAUUACAAAUAUUUAUAUUACAAUUUGAGACACUUGAGAACCUUUUGAUGUAAGAAUAUUUAUACAUAUUUUCGAAUGUAUCCUCCGCUCGGCGGGAUUAUUCAUCUCAGCUAUUUUUUCUUCGUAUUGUUGCGAGCAUUUUUUUACGUAUGUUAAUUAUGUAGAUUUUUUUGUACAUUAGAGAUCGUCAUCCGUUCGCUCUUUUUUAAAUUCUCUUUUCUUUUUUAUCGUCGACUUGUUAUAUCGUUAAUAAAAUCGUAACUUGAAA